AUGAUUCACUUAAAACAACAGCAUAUUAUUCAACAAUUAACAGCAAAAGAUGCAUUAAUUGAUGCAUUAAUUUCACUCUAUCAUAAUGCAACUAAAUGUCAGCAAAAUGACAAUCUUAACAAAUUCAUUCAACUAUAUAAACCAGUAUACCAUGACAUUUUAAAAUCAAAGCUAUCAAUAAAAGACUUUCAAAUCAUUCAUAAAGACUCAUUUGCAGAAGGUGCGUUCGGAAAAGUAACGAUUGUAAAAAGUAAAGAGAACGACAUAUAUGCCAUGAAGACAUCCAACAAACUAAAACUCAUCAACCAAAUGGACCGCUCAUCACCUAUGGAAGAACGACUUAUUAUGUCUAUCACAACAGACCAAAAUGACCAUUGGUUUCCUAGAUUACAUGCAUCAUUCCAGGAUGAAAAUAACUUGUAUUUGGUUAUGGAGUAUGCUUCAGGAGGCGAUUUGCAAGGUCUUUUGGAAAGAAGGUCAUUCAAACCUUUUACAGAGCAAGAAGCAAAGUUUUACUCUGCCGAAUUAAUAUUGGCCGUAGAACGAUUGCACCAAUUAGGCUAUAUGCAUCGAGAUAUUAAACCAGGCAAUAUCUUUAUUGACAAGACAGGCCAUAUCAAAUUAGGCGACUUAGGUUCUUGCAUUUCGAUUGAUACCAAUGACUAUCUUUUUAUGGUGGGUACAAUGCCAUAUGUUUCACCAGAAAUGUGUGAUUCUGAGGGAAGUAAUCCUGUGGAUGGUCCUGCUUAUGGUCCCGAGGUUGACUGGUGGUCUGUGGGUAUUGUACUUUACGAACUUCUUUAUGGUGAUACUCCUUUUACUGGCACUGAUAUCAAGAUUCAAAUGAGUUUGUUAAACCCAAAGGUAAAAUAUGACAUUUUGUUUUAUUUAUUUAUAUACUUUUAUUUUUAG